GGGGGCGCUGCCGCAAGACCCGGCGGCGCGAAAACGCGUUUGAACUUGGCCACCGCCGCGGCCCGUAGCCGGCGUCUCCAACAUGGCGGCUGCCCAAGAUGUCCACGUCCGGAUCUGUAACCAAGAGAUUGUCAAGUUCGACCUGGAGGUGAAGGCGCUUAUUCAGGAUAUUCGAGAUUGUUCAGGACCAUUAAGUGCACUCACUGAACUGAAUACUCAAGUGAAAGAGAAAUUUCAACAGUUGCGGCACAGAAUCCAGGAGCUGGAGCAGUUGGCUAAAGAGCAAGACAAGGAGUCGGAGAAGCAGGCCCUGCUCCAGGAGGUGGAGAACCACAGGAAGCAGAUGCUCAGCAAUCAGACCUGCUGGAGGAAAGCGAAUCUCACUUGCAAAAUCGCUAUCGACAACCUAGAGAAAGCAGAACUUCUCCAGGGAGGAGACCUCUUAAGGCAAAGGAAAACCACCAAAGAGAGCCUGGCCCAGACAUCCAGCACCAUCACGGAGAGCCUCAUGGGGAUCAGCAGGAUGAUGGCCCAGCAGGUGCAGCAGAGCGAGGAGGCCAUGCAGACACUAGCAGCUUUCGUCUGGCGGCUCCUUUGCCAUGCAGAAGAGAAUCGGCCCUCCCCUCUGUGCAGGAAACAGAAGAAGAGUUUACUUUUCGAGACACUGUUGGAAGAUUUCACACAGGGACAGAGUAGAGUGCAUGAAGCCAUCACCCAGCUGCAACAGUUGUCAGCUCGCGGCCAAUCUCGUUUCAACUCUGUCCUCACCGUGCCCCCAUCCGGAUGAAUUUAAGGCAAAUCCUAGACAUCAGCCACAGAUAUCUCAGUAUAUCUGUCUCUAAAAGACUCUUGAAACAAAAAAGAAACAAAAGAAAAACCAAAACCACAAUACCAUUAUCUCCCCUAAAAAUUAUCUGUAAUUUCAAACCCCCUUUUUUUUCAGUGCACUAUUCAAACAGGCCAAAGAAAAGGGAAAGCAAGUAGUUUGUCCCCAAGGUCACCUGUGUUUGAAACUUAUCUGGGCACUUAGUCUCAGGCCAGCUGGUCCCCUCAUCUAAGAGCACGCUGGGGGCAUGGCCUGAACCUGGGAGAGCCUGGGAGAAUGUGAGAAAGGGGACAUCCGGCCUUUGAAUCAAGGGCUUUUCUGCUCGAUGCAGGUGACAGGCACCUUGCCCCCAACACAUAUAUCAGAAGCAGACGAUGUACUUACGUAGUGGGAAGGGAGCACAGAAGCUGAUGUGUUCUGGGGUUCUGAGGACUGCUCUUGGGGCACAUUUUCUAAUCAUUUCCUUAUGGCUCACAAAUUCAGCUUGAUUUAAAAGCCUGGUAGGGCCACAGUUUUUUUUUUAAACAGCCUAUUAGGGAUAUGAUGCCUGGAAUUUGCUGCAAAGUCGUGGGAUGGGGGACUUGCGUGGGGGUCGCAAGGGGCCAGGGUUGCUGGGCAUUGGUGGUUCUCGGCUAGGGGUGAUGGGCACCUGGCAUUUCAUGGUACUAUUCUGUCUACUUUCGUGAUGGUUUAAAAUUUUCUAUGAAGAAGGUUUAAAAAGAAAGGCCUAUUGGGUUUUUACUUACCAGGUUCUUACUCGGUUUUUGAAAUGCAGAGGCACGGAGAAGAUGGCUGAGAGGGAUUUUUGUUGUCAGUGUUCGUUUGUUUUUCCCCCUUAUCUAUCCUUUUUGGAAUACUUCUCUGUUUCUUCUAGUAAUUUCUUUAUUUAAUAACUUUUCAUCUUGUGAAAAGGUAAUAUAAAUUACAUGGUUAAGGAAAAAACCUCUAGGCCAGCACCGUCUAAUAGAAAUAUCAUAUAAGCCACAUAUGUAACUUUCAGUUUUCCAGGAGGCACGUCAAAAACAGUAAAAAGAAACAUGAAAUCAAUUUUAAUAAUGUAUUUUAUUUAACCCAUCGUAUGUAAAAUAUUACCAUUUCAAUAUGUAAUUAAUAUUAAAGCUAUUGAGAUAUUUUA